ACGCUACACAGUUAUGUUGAUGUAAGCUGCCUUGUGUCAACCUAGCUGUGGAAGUGUCUACACAUAAAUUUGGCUCCUGCCGAUGUAAGCGCCUCUUUAUGCCGAUUUAAUAACACCACCUCUCUGAGUGGCAUAGAGUCACAGUCAAUGUAAUUAGGUUGACGCAGUGUCAGUGUAUACGCUGUGUUGGUUAAAUUGACUGUUCCUGGCUUUCAGGGGACGUCCCACAAUGCCCCACACUGACAAUUCAAUCGAUACAAGUGCUCCUCGUGAGGAGGUGAACUGCUGACACAAGGACCCAAGUGUGCAUGCACACAAGCGAUUUAAUAAGUGCUGAUAUCUUGGACAGUCAAUUUUUUACACAACCACAUGUUUGCUUCCUUUUCUCAAUGAUGACAUCCUGAGUACUUUGCCUUAUACAAUGAUUUCAACAUUAGCCACUUUUCCACCAUUUCUGCACAAGGAUAUUAUAGAGUAUCUCAGUACCUCUUUUCUACCUAUGGCUAUAUAGAGCUUCCAAUGGCAGCAGUGGGAGUCCUGAAUACAGAGCAAAUGUACAAUAUGGUCCUGAAAAUACAGAUGCACCAGCAAUAUGUGUAACAUUUGCAUCGGAAUGCACAUGAACAACUACGGUCAAUAUAACUGAUGGACAUCCAAUGGCAGAAUUUGGCUCUAUCUAUUUAUCUUAUUGUUUUGUACUGAGUAAUUAUGGGUGCCAAUGGAAUCUGUUCUAACUGUAAUUGUCAGGAAUUAAUCUGAUAGGUAGUUGAUUUUCUGCUUUUCUUUGAAAGGAUAUUGAAUUACUGCAUAAAGUCAAAAUCCCUGCAAGCUUUGGAUUCAAAGCAGUAUUGACUAUCUGUGUUUUGAACACUCAUCUAUGUACCUGAUAAAAGCUUGCUGACCUUUCAGUAGCUGCUGUAAAUACUCUAUAUGUCUUUUUUCACAUUUCACAAAUUUGGAGAUUAGGGACUAUAACAAGAGUCAGUUGCACCAUAACCCUUUGUUAUCAGCCCUAUAGACCUUUGUUGUAUGCAGUGUUGUUGUGUAGACAUGUUGGUCCCAGGAUAUUCGAGUCCUUUAUCUAACAGUAUGAACUAUUUCUGCAUUCAGAGCUGCAUUAAUGGUACUGGGAGUUUUGCACAGCAAAUAUCUACAGAAUAUGGGAAGAACCAUGGUCUAGUGUCCUAAAGCCUAGAACUCUGAGGAUGUCUGUUAUCUACUAUUCCUGGCUCUCCCACAGAUUUGCUGUGUGACCCUGGGCAGGCCAUUAACAGCUCUGUACCUCAGUUUCCCCAUUUGCAAAGUGGGAAUAAUAAUACUUCCCUAUAUCAUGAGGGUCUUGUGAGGCUUGAUUCUAUAAUGUUUUCUAAAGCUCUUUUAUAUUGUGGAUGGAAGGUCCUAUAGAAAUACAAAUCAAUAUGCAAUAGUCUCACUGUGGUUUAAAGAAUCUUGAACUAAAGCCUUUAUCUAUCCAUUACGCUAGUCUGAAAAAUGCAUCCAAUGCAGAACUUUCUAUAGAGUGCUCCUCCAAUCCUGAAUUUCCUCAAAUCUCUGAAACUAUUCUCCAAGACAACCUAUUAAGCCUAAUUCUGUCUUUAGUUAAAUGGAUACUAGUCCCCCCAGUAGAUACUGUACAUAUGUAACUGAGAGCAAUAGUUAGCCAAUUGCCUUUGUCUAACACAGCUUUCUCAAAUCACUGUAUAAAUCAAUCCAACUCUAUAUUUUGUUUCUAAUACCGCAUGGUACCUUUUCUCUGUAGACUGUAUUUUAAAUGCUAGGUCAGAACUGCGGGAGAAUACGUAUUUCGCAAUAUAAAUUCUCACAAACAGAUCGUGCCAUAAUAAUUUGGGGAUUGUUUUGAGCGGCAUGUAAUUACUGGGAUACUGACUUGGCAGAGAAUAGUUCCAGCAGAGCAGUAAUUAAAUCAGAGGUAAUUACACUUGUGGCGUGUACAUUCAGGGGUAUCAAUUAUAUUCAUUAUAUGAGUGCUAUGAUCUGUGGGUCUGGCCAUCUAUAGCACGUUGCUGAACUGUUUCACAGCCUCUCUUCCACUAACCCCACUUGCUUAAGCAGCUCAUAACCCCAGCAAUGGGCUCCACCAAGCCUUUGCUUUGUAACUCUGUUUCUGCCAUCGAUAUCCAGAGAUGAAUGAUGGCAGUCCAAUAAAUACCCUCAAUCUUCAGGGCUUUCCCAGGAUCCUAGCUGGUGGUGACCACUAGCUCAACACUGAUCAGCCCACUAGGAGAGCAGCAGAAGCUCCAGCUAGGGUCUAUUAAGUCUUAUCCCCUACAAUCAAAAUCAUAGCUCCCAUAUUUAAACACUGCUGUUGGUAUCAGUGUCCUAGUAUAGUUAUCCCAACUAGUGAGGAAUGGGAUUUAGUUUGAAAAUAGUGUUUAAAAUUAUGCUGCCUAGGGACAAAUCUAUACUAUAGACCAGGGGUCAGCAACCUAUGGCACGCGAGCCAGUUUUUAAUAGCAUGCUGCUGUCUGUUGGACCCGGGCAGACAGCAGCGUGCCACUAAAAAUCCUGCCCGGCCCGGCCCGCUCUAUUCCGCCUUCUGCCCACCGCUCUCUCCUUGCAGGGCAGGCAAGCUUCCCACUCCCGCCGCCUCUUCCCCCAGUGUGCAGGGUUCCUGCCCCUCCUCCUCUCCCUCUCUGCGGCUGAUCACUGAUGGCCCUUGCUACGGAGCGGGAGCGGGAGAGGUAAAAGCGGAGCCGCAGCGCGCUCAUUGCUCCAGGGACCUUGGGAAGGCUAUGGUGUGUUGUGAGCUGAUAUUUUGGCCAUUUUGUGGGUUGCAGACUGAAAAAUUUGAGAACCACGGUUCUGGAGCAGGGUUUUGCUAGCACAGCUGUCAGACAGAAACCUUGCUAUUCAGGGGAACUGGGCUAAAACUCUGUGAGCAAACACCACAUCUACAAUAGUCUUUCUUUUGCCAUCAGAGAGCUUUUACCCCAUCACGGUUGUUUUUUUUUUAAAAAAUACAUGCAGCCCUAUGCAUUUUAUUUGCGUCAGUCAAAAUCUAAACUGGGUGCAGUUGUUUUCUAAAUUUUCUUGCUGUAUGCUAGAAGAUAUUUUUUGCUUCCCUUUAAGUGGGAUCUUCGAGGAGAGAAGGAGUGCCUGCACACGUCAAUCUGUCUGCAUCUUCAAUGCUAAUGAUUGCAAUGCAGUACACAUCAAAUCCUGUGUAUCAUUGUCAGUUACUGGAAUGCCUCAUGAAAUAUAAGCAAGAAGUAUGGAAAGACUUGCUGUAUGUAAUAGCUUAUGGUCCUUCUCAAGUAAAACCUCCAGCAGUACAAAUGCUAUUCCACUAUUGGCCCAAUUUAAAACCGCCAGGGGCAAUAAGUGAGUACAGAGGACUGCAGUACACAGCCUGGAAUCCCAUCCACUGCCAGCACAUUGAAUGCCAUAAUGCAAUUAACAAACCAGCUGUGAAGAUGUGCAUAGAACCUUCCUUGUCUGUGGCUCUGGGUGAUAAGCCACCCCCGCUUUAUCUGUGUGAAGAAUGCAGCCAGAGGAUUGCAGGGGACCACAGUGAAUGGUUGGUUGAUGUUCUCCUGCCACAAGCUGAAAUUUCUGCUAUAUGUCAGAAGAAGAACUGUAGCUCACAUGUCAGAAGGGCUGUCGUCACCUGUUUCUCAGCAGGCUGCUGUGGCCGUCAUGGAAACAGGCCGGUGCGCUACUGCAAAAGAUGCCAUUCGAACCAUCACAGCAGUGAAGUUGGGGCAGCAGCAGAGACCCACCUCUAUCAGACAUCUCCUCCCCCAAUCAAUACGCGGGAGUGUGGGGCUGAGGAACUAGUUUGUACUGUGGAAGCUGUGAUCAGCUUGCUGAAAGAAGCAGAGUUCCAUGCUGAGCAGAGAGAGUAUGAACUCAACCGCAGGAGGCAGAUGGGCCUCUCCUCUUCCCAUCAUUCCUUGGACAACACUGACUUUGAUAACAAAGAUGAUGACAAGCAUGACCAGCGCAUCCUGAGCCAGUUUGGAAUCUGGUUCUUGGUGAGCCUUUGUACUCCCAGUGAGAAUACUCCCACAGAGAGCUUAGCUCGCCUGGUUAGUAUGGUCUUCCAAUGGUUUCAUUCCACAGCUUAUAUGAUGGAUGAUGAAGUUGGUAGCCUGGUGGAAAAACUCAAACCUCAGUUUGUCACCAAGUGGCUGAAGACCGUUUGUGACGUUCGAUUUGAUGUCAUGGUUAUGUGCCUACUUCCUAAGCCAAUGGAGUUUGCCAGGGUUGGUGGAUACUGGGACAAAUCCUGUAGCACUGUGACACAAUUAAAGGAAGGUCUGAAUCGCAUCCUCUGCCUGAUUCCAUACAAUGUAAUAAACCAGCCUGUGUGGGAAUGUAUUAUGCCAGAAUGGCUGGAAGCCAUUAGAACAGAAGUGCCUGAUAAUCAACUGAAAGAGUUCAGGGAAGUACUAAGCAAAAUGUUUGAUAUUGAGCUUUGCCCACUCCCUUUUUCCAUGGAGGAGAUGUUUGGCUUCAUUAGUUGUCGAUUCACGGGCUAUCCUUCCUCUGUGCAGGAGCAAGCUUUGCUCUGGCUGCAUGUGUUAUCUGAGUUAGACAUUGUGGUACCUCUUCAGCUACUGAUCAGUAUGUUUUCCGAUGGAGUUAAUUCUGUCAAAGAGUUAGCAAAUCAAAGAAAAUCAAGAGUCAGUGAACUGGCAGGGAAUCUUGGCGCUCGAAGGCAAUUUUUAAUGGACAUCUGGUCAUCUAGGGUGAGUGUUGCCUCUGAUCCUGGGCGCAGGGUUCAGCACAAUAUGCUGAGUCCUUUCCCAAGUCCUUUCCAGAGCCCAUUUCGCAGCCCCAUGCUCAGUCCUUUCCGUAGCCCUUUCAAGAACUUUGGACACCCUGGAGGGAGGACUAUCGACUUUGACUGUGAUGAAGAUGAAAUGAAUCUGAACUGCUUCAUACUGAUGUUUGAUCUCAUCCUGAAGCAGAUGGAACUCCAAGAUGAUGGCAUCACCCUGGGUUUGGAGAACAGUCUCUCGAAGGACAUAAUUUCCAUCAUAAACAAUGUGUUUCAGGCCCCUUGGGGUGGCUCUCACACCUGUCAGAAAGACGAAAAAGUAGUAGAAUGUAACCUGUGCCAGUCUAGCAUUCUCUGUUACCAGCUGGCUUGUGAGCUGCUGGAACGACUAGCUCCAAAAGAAGAAAUCAGACUGGUGGAGCCCACAGACAACCUGGAGGAUAGUCUUCUGUAUACUAGACCCGAGUUUAUUAUAGGAACUGAAGGGGAAGAGGAAAACAAAUCUGCAACAAAACAUGGAGAAAACCCAGGAAAUCAUACAGAGACAACAGAAAAUGCUACAUCAAUAAAAAAUGACACUGAAAGAAAAUUCUGUUACCAGCAACUUCCGGUUACGUUGAAGCUCAUAUACACUAUAUUGCAGGAAAUGGCCAGAUUUGAAGAGCCAGACAUUCUUUUUAACAUGCUGAACUGUUUGAAGAUUCUCUGUCUUCAUGGGGAAUGUUUGUACAUGUCAAGAAAGGACCAUCCACAAUUCUUAGCUUACAUUCAAGAUCACAUGCUGAUUGCAAGCUUAUGGAGAGUAGUGAAGUCUGAUUUCUCUCAGCUUUCUUCAUUGGCUGUCCCACUUCUUCUACAUGCUCUGUCGCUUCCUCAUGGAGCUGAUAUUUUCUGGACAAUCAUAAACAGCAAUUUUAACAGCAAAGAUUGGAAGAUGAGGUUUGAAGCAGUAGAGAAAGUGGCUGUUUUGUGCAGGUUUCUGGAUAUUCACUCAGUGACAAAAAAUCACCUGCUGAAGUAUUCUUUGGCUCAUGCAUUCUGCUGUUUUUUGACUGCUGUGGAGGAUGUCAACCCAGCAGUGGCUACAAGAGCUGGGCUAUUACUUGACACCAUAAAGAGGCCAGCUUUGCAGGGUCUGUGCCUCUGCCUUGAUUUCCAGUUUGAUACAGUUGUCAAAGACAGACCCACAAUUCUCAGCAAGCUUUUGCUCCUUCAUUUUCUAAAGCAGGACAUUCCAGCUUUGAGCUGGGAGUUCUUUGUGAAUCGCUUUGAGACACUGUCUCUGGAAGCACAGCUUCAUCUGGACUGCAACAAAGAAUUCCCGUUUCCAACAACUAUCACUGCUGUCCGGACAAAUGUUGCCAACCUCAGUGAUACAGCAAUGUGGAAGAUCAAGAGGGCUCGUUUUGCACGUAAUCGUCAGAAGAGCGUGCGUUCCCUGAGGGACAGUGUGAAGGGACCCGGGGAAUCAAAGAGAGCACUCUCCCUUCCAGAAACCUUAACCACCAAAAUCCCUGUGAGGUUGACCAGGCAUGAACAGUCUGCUCCUGCACUUGGUGGAACACCAGAGCAAACGCCAGGACAACCAUCCCCAGAGAAUGACAAUACAAUAAAGGACCUGCUUCCAGAGGAUGCUGGGAUUGAUCAUCAGACCGUCCACCAGCUGAUUACUGUGCUAAUGAAGUUUAUGGCAAAGGAUGAAAGUAGUGCUGAGUCAGAUAUCAGCAGUGCUAAAGCCUUCAACACAGUGAAGCGCCAUCUGUAUGUCUUGCUUGGCUAUGAUCAACAGGAAGGAUGCUUCAUGAUUGCGCCUCAGAAAAUGCGCAUUUCAACUUGUUUUAAUGCAUUUAUCGCUGGAAUAGCACAAGUGAUGGACUAUAACAUUAACCUGGGAAAACAUCUCCUUCCGUUAGUGGUUCAGGUGCUGAAGUAUUGCACUUGUCCUCAACUAAGACAUUACUUCCAGCAGCCUCCCCGCUGCUCCCUCUGGUCCAUCAAACCUCACAUUCGGCAGAUGUGGUUAAAGGCGUUACUUGUCAUUCUUUACAAGUAUCCGUACAGAGACUGUGACAUCAGCAAGAUUGUGCUGCAUCUGAUCUACAUAACAGUCAACACGCUCAACGCCCAGUACCACAGCUGCAAGCCGCAUGCCACCGCCGGUCCUUUGUACAGUGACAACAGUAACAUAAGCCGAUAUAGUGAAAAGGAAAAAGCAGAGGAAGACAGUGUCUUUGAUGAAUCUGAUAUUCAUGACACCCCAACUGGACCCUGCAGUAAAGAGUCUCAGACAUUCUUUGCAAGGCUGAAAAGGAUUGGUGGCAGCAAAAUGGUGAAAUAUCAACCAGUGGAGAUGAAUGCCCAGAGAAGUGAAAUAGAACUGGCUGAAUAUAGAGAAACUGGGGCGUUACAAGACAGCAUUCUACACUGUGUGAGAGAAGAAAGCAUUCAGAAAAAAAAACUGCGCUCUCUAAAACAAAAAUCUCUUGAUAUAGGGAAUGCAGACUCCCUGUUGUUUACAUUAGAUGAACAUCGUAGGAAGUCCUGCAUAGACCGGUGUGACUUAGAUAAACCACCCGCCACUGCUGCUUACACCAUGCAUAGACAGAAUGAUUAUGGACGACCUAGACAGAAUUCUUCUAUCAGGACUGAAAAUACAGAGACAAAAGAGAAUCCUUCUGUCAUGGAAAGCUUCCAGGAAAUAAGGAGACCUGUCAUACCAGAAGUCAGGCUAAACUGCAUGGAAACAUAUGAAGUAAAAGUGGAUUCUCCAGUGAAACCUCCUGUUCUUAAAGAGGAUUUAGAUCUGAUAGAUUUGUCCUCUGACUCAACAUCAGGGCCUGAUAAACAUUCAAUCCUUUCCACUUCAGACAGUGACUCUCUAGUCUUUGAACCACUUCCUCCCCUGAGAAUAGUGGAGAGUGAUGAAGAAGAAGAAGAAACAACGAACCAAUUAAAUGAUGGUAUCUCUGGCAAAACUGCUGUGUCAUCUCCCUCAUCUCCCAUCAGUGCCUCUGCCCUCAGCCUCAGUGCAACCCGCCUCGUACAGUUCAGCAUUGAGGAUUGCUCCAGAGACUUUACAUCUAAGGAUGCGAGCAAUAAUGUUUCAUUAGGAAAAAAGGAAAUCCCCUCCACAGCUCCCAAAGUUCAAAAAGACUUUGAAGAGUUAGCUAAGCCAGAGGAGCUUCAAGAUGUGUCCUGCGGGAGCCCACUAACACUUAAGCAAAAGCGAGACUUAUUGCAAAAGUCAUUUGCGCUCCCUGAGAUGUCCCUUGAUGAUAACUCUGAGCUUAGUAUGGAAGAAAUUAAACCUAGUGGACCAGUUCCAAGUUCAAAUGUAAAAACUGUCCUUAUUAAGGUUCCUGAAGACUCUGAAAACCAAACAGAACCUGAUAAGCUUGAUGCCAGCACAGAAUCUGAUACAGAACAGAAACAGGAGGAAGAAGCUGAGGAGUCAGAAUUUAAGAUUCAGAUUGUUCCCAGGCAAAGAAAACAGAGAAAGAUUGCUGUGAGUGCUAUACAGAGAGAAUACCUUGACGUUUCCUUUAAUGUUCUAGACAAGCUGGGAGAACAGAAAGAGACAGAUCCCACUGCUAAAGGACUUUCAACUCUGGAAAUGCCAAGAGAAUCAUCUUCUGCUCCAACACUUGAAGCAGGUGUGCCAGAGACAAGUAGUCACUCUUCCAUAUCAACUCAGUUCAGACAGAUGAAAAGGGGCUCCCUGGGAGCUCUGACAAUGAACCAGCUAAUGAAGAGACAGCUGGAACACCAAUCUAGUGCGCCCCAUAAUAUCAGCACGUGGGACACUGAACAGAUACAGCAUGGGAAGCGGCCGUGCAAUGUCUCAGUUUGCCUAAACCCUGACCUGGAGGGACCACCACUAAGAAUAAGAGGUGCCACCAAAUCCAGCUUACUGUCAGCACCCAGUAUAGUCAGUAUGUUUGUACCAGCCCCAGAAGAAUUUGCCGAUGACCAACCUACUAUGAUGACUGACAAAUGCCAUGAUUGUGGGGCUAUCCUCGAAGAGUAUGAUGAAGAAACACUAGGUCUGGCCAUAGUUGUUCUCUCCACAUUCAUUCACCUCAGCCCAGAUUUGGCUGCUCCUUUGUUGUUGGACAUCAUGCAGUCUGUAGGAAGGUUGGCGUCAAGUACCUGUUUUUCUAAUCAAGCAGAAAGUAUGAUGAUCCCUGGUAAUGCUGCCGGUGUGGCUAAGCAAUUCCUCCGUUGCAUUUUCCAUCAGCUAGCUCCCAAUGGUAUAUUUCCACAGCUGUUCCAGAGCAAUAUCAAAGAUGGAAGUUUUUUACGGACCCUGGCUACAUCUCUUAUGGACUUCAGUGAGCUGAGCUCCGUAGCUGCACUGAGCCAACUAUUAGAGGGUUUAAACAACAAAAAGAACUUGCCAGCAGGGGGCGCAAUGCUACGUUGUUUGGAAAACAUUGCUACAUUUAUGGAAGCUUUGCCAAUGGAUUCUCCUAGUAACCUCUGGACCACUAUUAGUAACCAGUUUCAGACUUUCUUUACCAAACUGCCUUGUGUUUUGCCACUUAAGUGUUCUUUAGAUUCCAGUUUAAGAAUAAUGAUUUGCCUGUUGAAGAUACCUACCACUAGUGCCACCCGGAGUCUUCUAGAGCCAUUUUCAAAAUUACUAAGCUUUGUCAUUCAGAAUGAUGUCUUCACUCUGGCCUACCUGGUGGAACUUUGCGGCUUAUGCUACCGAGCCUUCACUAAGGAAAGGGAUAAGUUCUACUUGUCCCGCAGCGUCAUCUUAGAGCUACUGCAGGCACUGAAGUUAAAGUCACCCUUACCAGAUACGAACCUGCUGCUGUUGGUACAGUUUGUUUGUGCAGAUGCUGGAACAAAACUAGCUGAGUCAACAAUCUUGCACAAACAGAUGAUUGCAUCUAUGCCUGGAUGUGGAACAGCAGCAAUGGAGUGCAUGAGGCAGUACGUUAAUGAUGUGCUGGAUUUUAUUGCCGAUAUGCAUACCUUAACCAAAUUAAAGAGUCACAUGAAGACGUGUUCCCAGCCACUGCAUGAAGACACCUUUGGUGGACAUCUCAAAGUUGGUUUAGCUCAGAUUGCAGCUAUGGAAAUUACACGAGGAAAUCACAGAGAUAAUAAAGCUGUGAUUCGUUACUUGCCAUGGCUGUACCAUCCUCCUUCUGCAAUGCAACAGGGGCCCAAAGAAUUCAUCGAAUGUGUAUCUCAUAUUCGUUUACUCUCCUGGCUACUUCUGGGGUCUCUGACACACAACGUCGUCUGUCCGAAUUUUCCCUCAUCUUGCAUGCCAAUUCCUCUGGAUGCUGGCUCCCACAUCGCAGACCACCUUAUUGUUAUCCUGAUUGGGUUUCCAGAGCAAUCAAAGACAUCAGUGCUGCACAUGUGUUCCCUCUUCCAUGCGUUUAUAUUUGCUCAGCUCUGGACAGUGUAUUGUGAACAAACAGCAGUAGCCCCUACGGUCCAAAAUCAAAAUGAAUUUAGCUUUACAGCCAUCCUUACAGCUCUGGAGUUCUGGAGCCGAGUGACACCUAGUAUCCUACAGCUUAUGGCACAUAACAAAGUGAUGGUGGAAAUGGUGUGUCUGCAUGUGAUUAGUUUAAUGGAGGCUUUACAAGAAUGCAAUUCCACUAUCUUUGUCAAGCUAAUUCCCAUGUGGUUGCCAAUGAUUCAGUCAAAUCUAAAGCAUUUAUCUGCUGGACUCCAACUGCGCCUUCAAGCCAUUCAGAAUAACGUGAACCACCACAGCCUGAGGAUGUUACAAGGGUCAGGACAAAUGAACAAUAGCUCAUCCGUACUCCGCAAGUGGCUGCAGUGUACCCAGUUUAAAAUGGCUCAAGUGGAAAUUCAGUCAUCUGAAGCUGCAUCUCAGUUUUAUCCUCUAUGAAUUAUGUGAAUUGUUCCAAAUCCUCACUUUUGGUCUAGCAAUAAUAGGGUUAAAGCUAUAAGACAAAAGCUCAUUUUUGUAUAUAUUAGUACUUUAUCUAUGCUUUUUAGCCUAGGACAAUUGUGCAAAAGCUUGCACAGGGCAAAGCUAAGAGCCUGAUCCUGCCAAUUCGUAAUCACACACAUAAAUUCUUGCUCACACAAGCAGUCCCAGUGAAGUCAUUGAGAUUGCACUCAAGAAUUUUUGCAGGGUUGGGCUCUAUCUUUCAUGCUAAACAUAUUUCUAAUCAUUGAAAUAUUUGAUUCUGAAAUGGUUCUUUAUAUUAUUUUUGAAACAAAAACAAAACUCACUUUUCUUUAAUUAACUUCUAUUUUUUUUAAACUAGACUAGUGACACAUGAAAGUGCUAUGUUGCUAUUUUGGAUGAUAAUCACACACACGCGCACACACACACACACACAAAAUAAAAUAAAAAAGGGCGGUGGUGGUGCUUUGGGAUCCUUUCUACAGCUUUUUCUUUUAAACUUGCAGUUGGCAAUGCAAUAAAAUUUGUCACUGUAAAACAGUGAUGUUACAAUGAGGCUUUUUGUCAUUAUGUUCUGGGAAAACAGCAGCUCGGGAGGAGCAUUAUUACAAAGCACACUUAGAAAUGAGGUUGUUAAACUGUGCCAGUUCAUUUGUCUUUUUGUUUAAUGUUUACCACACCUAUCAAGUAUGGUUUAUUAUUUUUUGAAAAAAAAAAAUACUUUUCACUUCACUGAUUUUGUGCUGUACUUUCCUGUAAGCUUCAUGGAAACCUCUUGAGUUUUGUGACUACAGUAUUUUAGUCUUUUGUG